AUGCAUGCAGGCUGCCCAGUAGCUGAGCGAUAUGUGAUUCUGAAUAACGGAAUUGCUCUGCAUAUAAAAAUUUAUAAAUUUCAUUCCAGCAGAGGAGGAAGUAGAGUUAUGUUUGGACUACCAAAAGAAGCAGAGCAAAAAGUAGAAAGAAACCGCUUCCUAAUGAAACAGGUAGAGAAUGGGGAUUUAGAGAUUAUAGUGGUAACCACGCAAGAUGCAGAAUAUAUGCAGUCCAUGCAGACACUUCUAGUGCUGCGCACAAUAUUUCAAAAACAGCUGCCUAAUAUGCCAAAGGAGUAUGUCACGCGUCUUCUCUUUGACACAAAGCACAGGUCUAUGGCGAUGAUUGACAAAAAAGAAAAUAAAGUUGUUGGGGGAAUUUGCUACAGGCUAUUUUACAACGAGUCUUUUGCAGAGAUUGUUUUCUGUGCAGUGAAUAGUGACUCGCAGAUCAAAGGGUAUGGAGAGUUCAUGAUGACUAUGCUGAAGAAAACAGUUCUUGCAGAUUUCAGAGAUAUUGCAAGAAAGAGCAACGAGCUCUUCAACAGCCCAAUAUAUCUGCUGACAUAUGCAGACAACUAUGCAAUAGGCUACUUCAAAAAGCAGGGUUUUACCAAGAAAAUCACGUUUAUUAACUGGAGAGGGCGCAUCAAGGACUAUGAGGGAGGAACGCUUAUGCAGGGCAAGAUCCUUCCAGAUAUCACCCAGGGAGAUGUGUACACCAUGCUUCUGGACAGGCGAGAAAAGCUGCAGGAGUUUGUGAAGCAGAAGUAUCCGGGCUUGCAGACAGAGUACACAAUGCCAAGUACAGUGAUGGAUAUAAAGAGCAUACCAGGGUUGAUUUCAGCAGGGUUUACAGAGGAGAUAGAGAGUUCGCUAGAGUGUAAGGGCAGUCUGAAAGAGCUGCUUUUGUAUCUCUGCUACGAGCUAAGAAAGCACAAUACAGCAUGGCCGUUCCUUGAGCCGGUGAAUGCUAAUGAUGUGCACGACUACUACACAGUUAUAAAAAGCCCAAUGGAUCUUCAAACCAUACAGCACAAGAUAGAGACAGACCAAUACCGAGCAUUUGACGAAAUGGACUCUGAUGUUCAGCUGAUCAUUAGCAACUGCUAUGCGUACAAUCCGCCUGGCUCGCAGUAUGCAAAGUGUGCAAAGUCGCUGAACGACUUCUACCAGGACAAGGUGCAGUGGUGCAGAAAGGCUCUUUCCCAGCGCAGAUAG